AUGUCUGGCAGACUAUCACUUAAUUAUACGUACAUUGCUGCACAUUUGAAAGAGUAUAUUGAUGGAGAUAAGUCUCUUGACGUAUUUGAGCCAGAAGACAUUGAAAAGAUUUUGAAUGAAUCAAAAUUAACUCCGAAUGAUUUCGAAAUUCUUCUACGGAAAUUAUCAUCUAAUUUUCAGUCAAUAAAUAUAUACAAAUGCGCUAGAAAUACACAAAUUCCUACAAAUAGUCUUCAAGAUGCAAUUUUAACAUUAAAAACUGUUCGAAAAUAUAUGAAACUAACAUUACUUGAUGGAAUCAUUGAUAACAUGAAUCAAAUUGAGAACGAAAUGUCUAAUUAUACAAAGACAAUUCAAAAACUUCAAUCAGAUUUAAACCUGAUCCAAAACCAAAAACAAAACUGUGAAAAAGAAAUACAAUCUCUUAAAUCCCAACUCAAAGAAAAAGAAAGAGAAAUUUCUGAAAGUAAAGAAGAGAAUAAUAUUCGAAAAGAAAUCCUUUCAAAAAUUGCUGGAUUACAGAAUUCGGAUGUAUUCGAAAUUAUCUACAACUUCCUUGACAAUCUUUCAGAAAAAGGAAAUCAAAAAAUCUUAGCAAAAGCAUGUGAAGUAGGUUUUUGGAAUGUGAAGUUGAAAAGUAUGUGGGAAAAUAAUGUUCUUAUUGAAGCUUCGCAUAGAGGAAAUUUAGGACUUGUUAAAUCACUCAUUGAAUGUGGAUGUGACAAAGAAUCAAGGAGUAAUCAAGGAGGUACUCCACUUAUUUGGGCGUCAGGUCAUCAUCAUCCUGAUAUAGUUAAAUAUCUUAUCUCUGUGGGGGCUAAACUCGAAAAUCCAGAUAAUUAUGGAAAUACUCCACUCAUCUGGGCAUCAGGCUAUGGUCAUCUUGAUAUAGUUAAAUACCUUAUUUCUGUUGGAGCUAAUAAAGAUGCAAAGGGUGAUCUAGGAAAUACUUCUCUCAUAUGGGCAUCAAAAUGUAAUCAUCUUGAAGUAGUUAAAUAUCUUGUCUCUAUUGGAGUUAAUAAAGAUUCAAUGGAUAAAGAUGGAAAAACUGCACUCUCCUUUGCAAAAGAUCAAAUAAAAGAAUAUCUAAUAUCAAUGGUAGCUAAAUAA